UGCUGCGUGCGGUCGUCAGUGUAAAACAGGCGGUAAUACUGCCAAAUCACAAAAAGAACAUCUGCGAAAAGGUAAAGACUCACAACGGAGACAGGCGGCUCUUUCUUUCCUGAACAAUAUAUCUCUAGACGGACGGCCUUUAUAUCAUCUCAGCAAUGGAAACCUCGGUCAAAGGGACGCCGCCGAGCUCCGAAGUCGAGACGCCGCCGGGGCACAGGCGACACCGUGCACCUACGGAACCUUCCCCCAUGUAUCACCCUACUUGGCCGGUGGCGCUGCUACUACUGUGGCGGGGAUUGGGGGACUGAGCCCAGUCCUACCUAAUUUGGGUAUGUCUACAGACACGGGCGCAAGUGUUGCUGUGGGGUGCCGUGAGGUGUUGUUUGAGGGUGUAGACACCAUAGUACCCCCAGAGACUCCCCUGUCCCCUAUUUCUGGACCUCAGACCUUCAAUCCAAUUGCCAAAUCGCCAUCUGUGCUCCAGACUCUGAAUUCCGUGCCGGGGGAUACACGUCAAAGAUCACGGAAUCAUUCGGGCUCUCCAGGACCCGCAAGGGUGGCCAAGAAGGUCCACUUUAUCAAGAGUAUGAGGCAAUAUGACACAAGAGGCAGCAGGAUUAUGCUGAUUUGUGCCAAGCGGUCUCUAUGUGCUGCUUUCUCAGUGCUGCCCUAUGGAGAAUGUAUUCACCUCAGUGACCCAAAGCUGGAUGCUCAGAAACAACGGCUGUCCUCUGGGGUUGGCUCUGACCUGUUCCCUGGCCUGGAAGGCCUUGGGGUGGAGCUAGGGGCAUAUGGAAAGACGGUAUCGUACGCCAGAUUCCUUUUCCCAACUAAUGCCCUGGUGAGGUCGAAGAGCAGUGGACCACUAGAGCCCAGCACAACACAGACACCCCUGUCCCGUUACCGAGGCAACGGCCAGAAGAACUACACCAACCCGUCUCGACUCAACAGCACCAUAGGACAGGACCCGAGUAUAGAAGACCUGACAGACUAUGAUCCUUACCUACUCAGUGACCCUCAGUGGCCUUGCGGGAGACACAAGAGAGUUCUUAUAUUUGCAUCCUAUAUGACGACUGUUAUUGAGUAUGUGAAGCCGUCGGACCUGAAAAAAGACAUGAAUGAGACGUUCAAGGAGAAGUUCCCCCAUAUCAAACUGACCCUCAGCAAGAUAAGAAGCCUGAAGCGGGACAUGCGUGCGGUGGGAGAGGAGUGCAGUCUGCAGCCAGUCACGGUGGCCAUGGCCUUUGUGUACUUUGAGAAGCUGGUGCUGCAGGGCCGCCUGAACAAGCAAAACAGGAAGCUGGUGUCUGCUGCCUGCGUCCUGCUGGCAGCCAAGAUCAGCAGUGAUCUGAAGAAGCAGGAGGUCCGACAGCUGAUUGACAAGCUGGAGGAGCGUUUUCGUAUAAACCGGCGGGAGUUGAUUCCAUUGGAGUUCCCUGUCCUGGUUGCCUUGGAGAUGGGGCUCUACCUCCCUGACAGCAAGGUCAUGCCGCACUACCGCAGGCUGGUGCAGCAGGGCUAGGCUGGAGCCUGGAGGUGGCCUGAAUCACUGGCCUGGGGCCAGUUUGGAUAUUUAAGUCCUGAGGAUAUUGAUUGGAAAUGCUGAUCCUGGAUCAUCACCUGGAGGGAGGCAUUUUCUUCCCUAGAAUAUGUUUAGGUAUAGCAGGUCAGCCCAGCUGACGUGUCCCUUAUUCAAAUUGGGGGGGGGAAAUGGUUUAGGUGCUCAAUAUUUAUUUUGAAUUUUUCUUUAUCAUGAUAUGACGGAUUAAGAGUGUUUUCCGCAAAGAUAUUGGACUGAUUUUUCUUUGUUUUGAUUCUUAUUGCGUUCGCUUGUACCAAACUUCUUUCUGUGGUGUGUAUUGCAUUCUGAUCAAUAUAUAUAUUUUUUAAACCA